AUGGAUACCCACCUCUCGGUUCCUCCUAACCCCCGCCCGGGAGCUUCUGUCCUCUGCUUCUCGGCUCCUCCCUCCCAGAGGCAGGCUGGGCCGGGCGGAGGGGCCAGGAAAGCCGGGCGGAGGGUGGCUGGGAAAGGAGGGGCGGGCCAGGUGCGCACCUGCGGUGGCCGCCGCGGCCGCCGACGUGUCAGCCACAGAUGCGUUCAGGUGAGGGCGGAGGCUAGCGGGGCGCUGUGCAGCACUGAGCUCGCGGAAGACCAGGACCAGGAGAUCACCGAGAGCGACCGCCAGGCCCCGGGCCCUCCGCUCCCGCCCCGCGACGAGCCCCUCGCACAAACCGGACCUGAGCGUUUUGUUCGUUCGGCUCGCGUGAGGCAGGGGCGGCCUCUCAGCACCAGCCCGGGGGCCGGCCUGAUCGCCACGCAGGCACCUGCCGCCGCCACCGCCACCGCCAUCUCAACCAUACGGGUGGGAGAGGCUGUGCGCCGCUCCAGUGGAGAUCCGGCUCCCAUCCGGCCCCACCCGCCCUGCCUUGCCCUGCCCGCAGCUUCUGGGCUGCCAGGCUCCAUUCUGCGUCGUAAUACGGGCUGAGCUGGCUCCAGCGGGUGGCGAAGGGGGCCGUGGCCCAGAACAGAAACCCUUCUGGAGGUGGAAACCGGAUUCUAGUCCGCCUCUGUCCCCGCGACUUCUAUGGCCUUGGGCAAGUCAUUUCCCGGCCUCUUGGUUUUCCUAUUUGCUCAGUGAACGGUUGGUCUGGCCUCCCGCAGGGGCUAGGGCCUCCCCAGCCUCCUGUCCCGGUUCCUGGGUUCCUGGUCAUGCUGGGGAAGAUGCAGGCCCUCACGGAGUUGGAGCCAAGGCUGAGGUGUGGAAAAUCUGGGCGAGGGAAGCUGAGGGCCGCCAUGGAGCCUCAAAUCCACUCCUCGGAUCUCUUUGGUGCUGCUGACAUCCUGAGAUGUCACUCCCUGACACUCCCUUGGUCCCUCUUUCAGUCUAACCACGUCUGAGACAGUCAGACUGACUGAAAAGGACAAGCCCCCAGGCACAGCGGUUCACCACCUUCCUCAAACCUCAGAAUCCCACAUCCUCGCUUCCAUCAGCUGGGGUGGGGUAGGUAGGUAGCCCUCAGCUCAGGCAGAGACAGCCCUGGGAGAUGGGAACCAGGGUCAGAAGUCCCUCCAAAUUGCAUGUUCCUAGAGGUGCUGGAUUGUCCCCUCCACCACCACCCGCUCUAGUGCCCCUAUGUCACCCAACUACCCAGAGGCCCCAAAGGAUCUGCUGAGCCCGAGUCCGUGGCACAGAGAGAGAAGGGGGAGGGGCGAGAUGGCGUUGGACAGAUCCCAGGCAGGUUUGGGGAGACGGUGGACUACAGCGGGGCUCUUCAUGGAGCAGCCCCAGGGGCAGGGGAAGGUCCUUGGGUCCUGGGCGAGGGUGUGUGCAGCCCUCUCCUGGCCCCCCUGACCAGGCUCUGUCCUGGGCCAGCCCUUUACUCUGCCUGGCACUGAAAGAUUUGCCUGUCAGGGGCCUGGCAUGGUCCUGGUGCACCUUCCCUGUGUCUUUGAGGGCUUCCCCUUCCCUCCCCAACCAUGACAGGGGCCAGGAUUCCACAUCCUGGGUCUGCACAACAAAGAGAUCUCUGCCUGGAAUGACCCCCUCCCAAACACACACAAACACACACACACAGCCUUGAGGGGAGGGUGGUGAAAAGGAGGCAGCCACCCAGUGGGCGGGGAUCUUUCCUGGUGACUGAGAAUUACUGCCCCUUCACCCCAGGGCCUAAUUUCCCCAGUCCCCCACCCACUAUCCAUCCCUAAGACUGCAGUUGCUGGCCAUUACCAGGGAUCUGGCCUCUCAUCCAGGUCCCUCCUCCGCUGCUCCGCUGCCACAGGGCGGAGUCUCCCAGUGCCGGGCAGGCCUGCAGGUGCGGGGCUGCAUGGGGAGGGGGGCACUCAGCAGCUGCCAUGCGAGGCAGGCCCCCUCCCCCUCCUGCUCAAAGCUGGAGCCUGCUUCCUGUCGUCCCUGUCAGCACCCUGGGUGGGGGAGGGACCAGGUAGUGGGGGAAGUGGAAAAGGGAUUGAGCGGUUGGAGUGCAGCAGCUGAGAAACAGCAGAAGAGAAAUGGAGAAGGAUGAGAAAGAGACCAAGAGCAUAGGCUGAAGGAAAGAGGGGUGUGAGAACACAGGGGAGAUCCCAGGGGCUGCAGAGGCUGCAGACCCUAGACUGUGAGAGCGAGACCAGAGGCAGAGAUGACCAGAGAGAAACCAGAAACCAGGGAAGAGGAACAGAGAGAGACACAUGGAGACAAUUCAAGAUAACAAGAGAUGUACACUGAGAGAGAUUGGGGAUGUGGAUUCAUGGGGCUAGGGCUCAGGGGACCAGAGGCGCGAGGCAUUGUGUGUAUGGAGAAAGGGGGAAGCUGCAAAACAGCCCCAUCCCACCCCAAACUAGGGUGGGAAUUAGCCCCAGCAAAGGAUAAAGAGGUGAUUUCUAGGUGGCAGACAGGUUUGGAGGUGGGGGGAGGGUGAUACCCUUAUCUUGGAAGCCCAUCUCCUCCCAUUAAAGGACAGAAUGUGAGGGAGGGGCAAGGCCCAGGCCGUGGCUGGACACCAGGGGCCAGUGAGGGGCACAGAUCUGACUCCAUCUCUCUGAGUUUCCCUCUUGGCCACAGAUGGACAAGCCAACAGCUAUGGCAGCUGCCCUGCCCCCACCCACCCCAAUUAUUCUGGCCUAGCCUUGGAAUUUCUGGGCUUAGAGGCCGCCCAGGGUCUGUGUGACAGUGGAGGGACCUGGGAGUGGAAGCACUGGCUGGCAGGAGGGAGGCUCACACCCAGGUGCUAAUCCCCAUCCGGCCAAGGCAGUACCAGAGCCUCACUGACCUUCUUGGAGAUUAGUCCCCAUGGAGACCGUGGCAACUCGCCCCCUCAUUCUGGCUAGGCCAGACGGGUGGGUGGGUGGGGCAGGCUUACGCUGGAUAGGGAGGGGAAGGAACCUUCCAGAGGCAUCACAGGAGUCAAGGCUGGGAGGCCCCUCCAGGACCCACAGCCAGCUUAGUUUAUAGGUAAAAAUCAGAGGCCUUAAGAGGGGACUGACUGACCAAAAUCCCCAAAUGGCGCCAGGACAAGCACCAACACCAGAAGCCAGGUCCUCGGCUCGGUUCCCAAGCAUUUUUUCCUAGAGAGCAGAGGCCUGAGCAAGAACAAAGGAAAUUGGCACACUCCUCUCUGACCCUCCCAACCUUCCCAAACUGAGGUCAUGAACUGAGGAGUGGUUCAAAUACGGUGAGGCAGGAAAGCGCUCCGUCCUGAGCACUAGGCUGGCUUCUGCCAGGAACCAGGGUGAGAAGGAGGGUACAGCUCCCAGAGCCAUGCUUGCAGCCUGACCACCCACCAACCAGGCCAGCCCCAGGGGUGGUGGGAAGCAGGUGCGUCAGAGCCAGUUAUAACCACAACCACAGCAACAGCGGCGGCGGACAUUUAUUGGGUGGACACUGCAGGCCUGUUCUGUUUUACAUGCAUUUAAAUAAUCACAACAGCCUCUUAACCCACUCUCUUCACCCUUCAGUGUCUGUAUGACCUUGCGUGGGUGGCUGAGCUGAUGCCUUCCUGGGUGACUGUGAAGUGGGUAUGUGCACGUGUGAAAGUGAUGGGGCAUAUUCGUGUGUGAGUCCAGUGCCCAGUACAGUCCGUGGCACAUAGUACAUCGUAUUAAAUCUUUGAGGA